AUUAUACAAUACAAAAGAAGUAAUAGAUACCACAAACUAAAUUGAGAAAUGUCAAUCAAAGUUUUCAUAAAUAUUAAUCGUAAAAAUCCAAGGUCCAUUGUCGGUACUCAAAAUACAGUAUUUUGCUAACUACUGCAUAUGUUUAAUGUCUUAUUUUCGUUCUUACGCCGAGUGGAGACUUCCAUGCUUGUUAAAAUCUCUAUAAGGAUGCCAUCUAGGGAGCGGAUUAAACAGAGGCUUUGAAGCACCGUUUAAAAUGCCUGACAUGUCUCACUUUUGGUCAAGCAUUCGCCAACAGAUUUCUAUCGUGAAGAAAUGUGCGACUCACUUAAUAUGAAACUGGAUUUCAAAUGAUAAGCAUCAAAUAGAUCUCAUAUACUAGAUGUAAACACCACGAUAUCAAAGUGGGAAUGGUACCGAUGGAUGGAUGGAUGGAUGGAUGGAUGGAUGGAUGGAUGGAUGGAUGGAUGGAUGGAUGGAUGGAUGGAUGGAUGAUUAUGGUAUUAAAAUGUUGUUUUUGUUAUCACCAACACUGCCCGGAAGCCAAAUUGGAAGGUCACACAUCCCAACAUGUAUUAUUUAGUUAUUAGCCACGUUGUUAUAAAUUAAUGAAUAAAUGACAGUUUUAUAAUCAACUACUACAAAUCCACUUUAAAAUGCAUUGAAGGGAAAAAAACGCGAGUACUUGGAUGCUCACGGUGGGCAGUGGUUCACGACUCACGGAUACUCGUAAUGGGUGUCAGCCAUUUGUCCCGCACUCCUUGAACGCAUCGUCACCGAGCGUUGUUUUGCUUGCCUUGAAUGGGAGCGUUAGUAUGGCGGAUGGUGACGAGACGCUCGAGUCCUGGCUAAACAAAGCCACCAACCCUUCCAAUAGACAAGAAGACUGGGAGUAUAUUACGGGAUUCUGUGACCAAACCAAUAAGGAGCUCGAGGGACCGCAAAUAGCUGCAAGACUCUUGGUACGCAAGAUCCAUUCACCACAGGAAUGGGAGGCACAUCAAGCCUUGAUGGUUCUGGAAGCUUGUAUGAAGAACUGCGGCCAGAGGUUUCAGAACCAAGUGGGGAAAUUCCGUUUUUUGAACGAGCUCGUUAAAGUGAUCUCACCCAAAUAUCUAGGAGACAAAGUGUCUGACAAGCUGAAGUCAAAAGUGAUCGAGAUGAUUUACAGUUGGACCAUUUACCUACCAGAAGAAACCAAAAUUUGCGAGGCUUAUCGCAUGUUGAAGACCCAAGGCAUUGUGUUAGCCGACCCCGAGAUCUGCCUGGAUGCGACAUUCGUCCCAACGGGCUCGUCUCAGCGGCCCAAAAAUCUCGUCUUUGACGAUGAGCGUAAAAGCAGAAAGCUGGCAGAGCUGCUCCAGAGCAAAAGACCGGCAGAUCUGCAGGCUGCAAAUUUGCUCAUCAAAAACAUGGUCAAGGAGGACGACGUGAGGACGCAGAAGAUUUCAAAGCAGAGAAGCACACUGGAUGCGGUCGAUUCCAGCGUCAAACUCCUUAAUGAGAUGCUGGCUUACUUCAGCCCUGAAGACUCCAGUGAUGGCGACAAGGAUCUCAUCAGGGAGCUCUACGGCGACUGCGACAAGCUGAGACAAACUGUGUGUCAGCUCGCCACAGAGACGGAGGAUAACGACGCCAACUUGGGAGACAUCCUGCAGGCCAAUGAUGACCUCAGCACUGUCAUUAAUUCUUGCAAGAACAUUGAGGACAGCCAGUCAAUAAUUGAAGUGACUAAAACACCAUUUGCGGUCAAACCAGACGGCAUCCUCACAACGCAGUCGGAAAGUCUGAUCGAUUUGACCUCAGCCGCCGUCCCAGGGUGCUCCCGACUAGAAGAGAAAGAUUCGGCACCUGACUCGGUUUCUUACGUCGAUCUUCUGUGUGGAACCGCUGUUGCCGUACCAUCGCCUGCACGAACUGCAAAAACAUUGUUUUCUCUGCUGGAUGAGGAGCUGCUGCCUUUUGGUUCUCCUGGACCUGUUGCAAUUGGAUCAGUUCUCCCUCCAAGGAAAAGCAAUUCCCUACCGCCCUCCCAAGAUAUGGACGCCAUAUCCGCAGCCUGCAUGUUUGCCAAUUCGCUGUCGGCCUUCACGGUCCAGCAGACGCCAAUCGCUGGCCCAGUCCUGACGGCCCUGUCAACCACCACGCUUUCGUCUUCACAAGCCGAUGCACUGCAUUCUCCAUUGGCUCCAUUUUCUCCGGAUCACGGUCGACAAGACCUAGCCUUGUUUGAUUUAGGGAGUACGAAAAGCGUCCCCGGUGUGCAAAUGGACAACACGCAAGCCAAGCGUGGCGCUUUGUGUUCUCCAGCCAAUCUCCAGCAUCUAGAUGGGGCGCCAAUUGUGCCGACCAGAAAUCCAGCCAACAGCGUUCCGUUAGACUCUGCGUCGCUGAUCCUCACCCGCAGCCAGAACUCUUUUGGCGCGGUAGAUGAGACCUCUCUGGCUGAUGUCUUUGUACCUUUGGAUGCUGUCAAACCAAGUCAAAUGUGUCCAAUCACAGCAUACGACAGAGAUGGCGUCCGUCUGCUGCUGCAUUUUGCUAGCAAUUGUCCACCCGGCAGGCCUGACGUGUUGGUGAUUGUGGCUUCUGUGCUGAAUACGUCGCCACUUCCUGUUAAGGCCAUCGUGCUCCAAGUUGCUGUCCCUAAGACUAUGAAAGUGAAAUUGCAGCCCCCAUCUGGGACACAGUUGGCUCCCUUCAACCCCAUCCUGCCCCCUGCUGGCAUCACUGAGGUCGUGCUGCUUGCGAAUCCUCACAAGGAAAAAAUUCGGAUGCGCUACAAGUUGACGUUCAUGCUGGGUGAGCAGCCCUAUACAGAUGUCGGAGAAGUGAACGAGUUUCCGCCGGCUGACAGAUGGCUAUGACCCCAACAACACCCCACAUCACUGUCCCUUCUGGAUUUUUAAAAAUAAUUUGAGUGGGAGCUGAGAAUGGGGAGGUUGGCAACGCAAAAUUACAAGUUGUACACGGCACUCGGCUUUCUUUGUAUGCUUCAUUGCUUUAUUGCCUUUCAAGCGAUUAUAGAAAUGAUUUUUUUUUUAAUUGAACGUCAAACAUAGUCCGUGACAAUGAUGGCUUCGAUCAUAAUAAAGUACAAACAGUAACCAUUAUACAAUACCAAAUAAAAAGCAAUAAAAUAAAUGAUAAAAAUACAACUCAAAAUAGAAUAAAAAAAUAUCUAGGGCUUUUCACGUAACAUGCAACUGCCAGUUACAGCAACAAUAAUAAUACAAAAUGUCUCAAGGAUGGUCACAAAAAGAAACAGGAAUAAAAUAGAGGAAAUUUUGUUACACUUGGAAAAAUGAAUUUUUGUGUCGGGAAAAAAAUACAAGAAUAAGAACAGUGUAAGUCAUUACUGUCUUUCAAAACAACACUAAAAGAAAGAUCCAUGCGUCCAUCCAUCCAUGCUUGUAUCCAUGCAUCCAUCCAUUUUUCCAACA